AUGGAGCUUGGUCUCGCCUUCCUCAUUUUAAGCUUACCAUAUUUGUUGUUUAACAUGGCAGAAUCGAUCCGUUUCGAGGUCGAAUCAGGUCACACAAAAUGCAUAAGCGAAGAUAUAAAAGCCAACUCGAUGACAGUGGGUCAAUACUCGGUAGUAAACCCGAAUGAAGAACAAGGCUCUCCCUUGCCUCAACAUUAUAAGAUCACUGCCAUGCUGUUUUCAGGUAAAGGAAAUCGCUAUCACAAUGCGGAAAAUGUAGAAACAGGACAGUUUGCAUUAGAUGUAGUCAAAGAUGGGGAUCAUGUGGCUUGCUUUUCCGCUCUCGAUCACCAGCCAGCGGUCAACAUCUCCGUGGAGUUCAACUGGAGGUCUGGUGUUGCUGCUAAAGAUUGGACUAACGUUGCCAAAAAAGGUUCUGUAGAUGCAAUGGAAAUAGAGCUUAGGAAAAUGAGGGACACAGUUGCGUCAAUUCACAUGGAGAUGUUUUUACUUCGACAAAGGGAACAACAGAUGCAAGAGCUAAACAGGAAUACAAAUACAAUUAUGGGUUACUUGAGUUUUAUUUCAUUGUUUAUGUGUUUAUCGGUGGCAAGCUUGCAAGUAUGGCAUCUAAAGUCGUUUUUCGAAAAGCAAAAAAUCAUUUGAUCAUAUUCUUCUAGGAAUAUUUCAGUUUUAUGUACGGGUCAUGGCCUCAUGGGUAGUUUUAUCUGCAAUGUGGCCAGCAGAAAGUUAAGAUAAAGUAUUAAUUUAGAUUGCAGUCAAUCAAGACAAACCCAAAUA